AUAAUGCUCAGUAGCUGUAGCUCAACAUUAGGAGUGUGCAGCAAAAACCUCAGUGUACAGUUUCAGCCAUGAUACAAAGAUUUAAAGUAGUAAUAUUUGUCCUUCUGGUUUCAUGUAUCUGCAGGACAUUAGGUCAGACAUGUGAAGGAAACUGUGGAAAACAACUAGAUUUUUGUUCAUGUCACCCGACGUGUAAGUCUCUGAAGAACUGCUGUGCAGACUAUAAACAGUACUGUGUGGAACUCUUUCCAUAUUCUGGGACCAUUUUUGGUGGGACAGAUUUUAUUGUCCUUGAGGCAUCCUUCAAUAAGAGUUCCCAGAUUAUAUGCAAGUUCAACAAUAAUACCAAUACUGUGGGAUAUGUGGAUGAAAACAGUAGAGGCCAUUGCAUCUCCCCACUGCUCUAUGAGACAGGAUGGGUCCCUCUGCACAUCUCCUCAGAUAAUGGCACUACAUUCAGCAGAGUUGGAGCCUGGCUCGCAGUACAUACUGGCAAGUUAGAUUCUAAGUUCAAGGCAACUCUGGUCAACUCAACAAAAUGGCAGUACUAUGGCACGCCUAAUGUUGGAGGAACUCUUGAGAUGACUUGGAAUACAUCUUUGGUCAGAGCUGAGAGGGUCAAUAUAGAGCUCUGGGGAUACAGAGAGACCGGAGAGCCCUAUUCAGACUACUGGCAGGGUGAGUGGGAGUAUCUCUACUCCCUGGCAAAGAAUCAGCCCAAUAAUGGUUCCUUCAGCUUUUUGCCCAAACCAGCAGCGAACGGCUUCUCAAGUUGGGAGCUUGGCUCUGUACGCAUCAGCCCCAGUACCUACCCUGAUGGCACAUGGAAUGUACAAGCUGCAUGGACUGAGGAUCAUGCUCUAGCCUGGCAUCUGGAGGAGAAAUUUAGGCAGAACUCAACAGCCUGGGCCCUGGAGAAAUGUGUAGCAUGGGACCAGCUGGAAAAUCAGCUGCCCAACUUCCUCAAUGAAAUCAUAGACUGCCCCUGCACCCUGGCUCAAGCCAGAGCAGACACUGGGAGGUUUCAUACUGAUUAUGGCUGUGACAUAGAGAAAGGGAGUGUGUGCACCUACCACCCUGGGAGUGUUCACUGUGUGAGGGCAAUACAAGCCAGCCCUAAGUAUGCAGCAGGACAACAGUGUUGUUACGACAGCACUGGUGCUCAGGUCCUGACGGCAGACUCAAUCGGGGGCAGCACUCCAGACCGAGCACACGACUGGGGCUCGCCUCCUUACAAGAGACCUCCUCGGAUCCCUGGGCAGUCCCACUGGGUCUAUGACGUCCUGAGCUUCUACUAUUGCUGCCUGUGGUCGGACAACUGCCACUACUACUUCAAACACCGGCCUUCCAGUGACUGCAGGCGUUACCAGUCGCCCAGCUCAGCUGUGGUGUUUGGAGAUCCCCACUUCAUAACAUUUGACGGUGUCAGCUACUCCUUCAACGGCAAAGGGGAGUACACUUUGGUGUCCUCAGAAAUGAAACAGCUAACAAUCCAAGGCAGAACUGAACCUGUGAAUGAAACCAUAAAAGCCACGCAGUUAUCAGCUGUGGCCAUGAAAGAAGCAUCCUCUGAUGUUAUUGAGGUGCGGCUUGUCAGUGGUCACAACGGCCUUGAGGUGCUGCAGAAUCAAAAAACCCUCUCCUUUACUGAGCAGACCUGGAUGGACUUGUAUGGUGUGUUUGUAUUUUCUCCUACCCCGACAAAUGUGACCGUGAUGUUCCCCUCUGGAGCUGGAGUGGAAGUGCGACUGAGAGGGGGAACCAUGACAACCACUGUGCUGCUGCCAGAGGAGUUCACAGAUUCUACUCUCGGACUGCUGGGAAAGAUGAACGGUGACGCCACGGACGACCUUGUCCUCAGCAACGGCGAACUUGUGCAGAACCAGAGCAACCCAGAGGAGCUGUUCAGCUUCGGAGUGAGCUGGGCUGUAUCCAACAAGUCUGCCUUGUUUACAUAUGAUUCAGAAUAUCUUUUGGACACAUAUUACCAUGCUCCCAGACAUGACCACAGUUUUAUUCCAAUGUUUUCUGCCCCUGAGAGACCAGAUGACCCAUUAGGACAACAGGCAUCUGAGAUAUGCACCGGAGAGGGAUCUAAGUUCUGUAGGUAUGAUAUCCUGGUAGGUCGUAGUCCAAGCAUGGGAAAUGCUACCAAGCUGUCUUUCCAGAGUCACAUUUCUCUUGUGGAUGAUCUAAAGCCAGUGAUAUCCUGUGGCUGGCUUUCACCACCUAAUAAUGGGAGGAAGGAGGGGACCACGUAUUUACAGGGAGCUAAGGUUCAGCUUUUCUGCGAUGAUGGCUUCACCCUGAAGGGAUCAGCAGAGCGCGUAUGCCAGGAGAACGGCCUGUGGUCUGGAGAGGAGACAACCUGCGUGGUUCCCAGUAAUCUUGCAGGAAUUGUGGCCGGUUCAGUCAUUGGAGCUCUAGCACUGAUUGUAAUUAUAACGACAAUUGUCCUCGCCUCCAAAAAACAGAAAAGAAAAGCUGCACGUUCAAAGGAAACAACGACAAGUGAGGCCCUCUAACCACAACUUUAGCUUCACUGUCACACUGUUCGUGUUCAUGUCUUCACCUUCGGAAAAAUGGACAACUUAUCUUAUCUCUAAUCUUAUUUUAAAAUAUAUCAUAAUGUUGAGCAAAGGUCCCUGCACAGCUAAAGAGUAACUACACAAUACAUCUUCUAUGGCAGAAAAGUAUUGUCGGACUGACUUCUAUGGUACCUGUGUUGCACUUUUGACCACACCUGUCAUCACUGCACAGCACUCUGGGCUAAAAACUGCAGCUUUAGGUUUUUUGUAAAGUGAAAGCACUUUGUUGUUUGUUUUUUGUCUUCACAGUAGUCCUAAUUCAAUAACACAAUACUGUAGGUCUGUUCAACACAUUAACAAUAAUUGAUAAAACAUCUGUCAAACAUGGAGCGACAUUCUACCUGCAGCUGUUUGAACACUCCAUUAUUAAGUCAAAGUAUCAAGUUAGAGCUUUGUGUGCUUGAGCUACUGAAGAAAAAGGAAAUCUUGGGUCAGCUCUUCAGAUCACAUGUGUAUUUCCAGAAAUUAACUGACCUCUGUAUUGUGUAUGUAUUCUUUCUGUAUUGUCUUCAAGUGCUGAUGAAUAUUAUUGUUAAACAGUUUAUUAUUUUCAAAUUUGUUGAACAAUAAAGUUCUUCUAAUACAGUGAUAUUCUGUGUCAUAUCAGGAGUAGUGGAGUAAUAAGCAAAGACAUGGAAAUACUCCAAUUUUUCUUCUUAAACACAUAACUUGAGUAAAGGGUUAGAUACCAAAACUGUGUCUGACCAGUCUUUAGCCUCACUACUGCAAUGUGUAUGGAUGUCUGUUUGUACUUAUCUCACUAACUGUAAUACUAACAAUAAAAAUAGAAUAAACAUGA